UGCUACCUCAAUUUUUUUUUUUGCUCAGUUUUUUAUUGUUUUGUCUUUCAGCUCUGCGGAUGUGGAUUGCUGGGAGUUGGAAUAUGGCUGUCUGUAUCACAAGGAAACUUUGCAACAUUUUCUCCCAGUUUUCCAUCGCUCUCAGCAGCAAAUCUAGUGAUUGCCAUCGGCACAAUCGUCAUGGUGACCGGCUUCCUCGGUUGUCUAGGUGCUAUCAAGGAAAACAAGUGCCUCCUUUUAAGUUUUUUCAUCAUUUUGCUGAUUAUUCUUUUGGCUGAGCUAAUACUCCUCAUCCUAUUUUUUGUCUACAUGGACAAGGUCAAUGAGAAUGCAAAGCAGGAUUUGAAAGACGGUUUAUUGCUUUACAAUACGGAGAAUAAUGUCGGGUUGAAGAAUGCAUGGAACAUUAUUCAGGCUGAAAUGCAUUGCUGCGGGGUAACAGAUUACACAGACUGGUACCCAGUACUGGGAGAGAACACAGUUCCUGAUCGAUGCUGUAUGGAGAAUUCCCAGGACUGUGGUCACAACUCUACAGGCUUAGUGUGGAGAACGGGUUGUUAUGAGAAAGUGAAAAUUUGGUUUGAUGACAACAAGCAUGUUCUUGGUACAAUUGGGAUGUGUAUUCUCAUAAUACAGAUACUCGGAAUGGCUUUCUCCAUGACUCUGUUCCAGCAGAUACAUAGGACUGGUAAAAAGUAUGAUGCUUAG